UCUCCAUCUGGUAGAUCUAUCAGCGCAGCGAAGUAUAGCAUUCAGUUGCUCUCGCCGUUCUUUCCGUCGCGCCUUGCAACCGAGAUGAGCAGGUUCGUCGAUGGUAACGCCUUCUCCGUCCUGUCAGUCGACAAGACGGAAGGGGGUCAGACCCCUGGCACCCGGAAACGCAACAAGCAGGGGAAACAUGCUCACAAAGGUAAAGAAGUCUCGGAACCGGUUCAUGAGCGGGAAAGCAGCAGCGCGAAACAACAAGAAGCUGCUGAAAAGGUGCUGAAGGUGUCGAAACCGUUGAAACAACCUGUUCAGCAACCUGUGCAACAAAUCGUGGGACACGUCAAACAGGAGAGUACUGCUAUCAAGUCGAAAUCCGUGCCUCCUUCAGAAAGACUGACUACUAGCUCUCAAGAGCCUAGACCGAAGAAGAACAAGAGCAAGAGCGCUACGACCUGGACAUCAUGGGCACGAGGGCGGAGAUUCGCCUUCUCAUCCGGUAUCGCCAUCGGGCUCGCUUUCUCGGCCUAUCAAUUCGCUCCCCAGACGCUUCCGCCGGAUCUCAUGUCUCUCUUAUCCGGGUCCAAGGCCAACGCCGGAUUCAUGACAUCUUGGUUUCAAGAUACUACAAAUCCUUUCCCCUCGAUGAAUCUUGAAGGUUGGGGAUUCGAUUGGGAUUGGAGAGACCUCGCCAACAAUUUGUCUGUCGUCGAGCAGACAAGAAAGGCGUUCAACUCGAAAGAGUUUUCGCCUGCGGAGGAAUUGAUAGCUAAAGAACCCGGCAUUGGCGCACACUACCCUGUCAUUUUGAUUCCUGGUAUUGUGUCUACAGGACUCGAACAAUGGAGUGCCAGCAAGGUCGCCAAGGGCUCCUUUCGAAAGCGUCUGUGGUCAACGACUCAGAUGGUGUCGGCCGUGCUUGCCGAUCGGAAAGCUUGGAUGGAGGCACUUUCUUUGGAUCCCGUGACAGGGCUCGACCCGCCAAACCACCGGGUCCGAGCUGCACAGGGUCUCGACGCUGCGAGCGAGUUUAUUCAAGGCUAUUGGGUAUGGCAACGUGUUAUCGAAAACCUCGCAGCGAUCGGUUACGAUCCUCUGUCGAUGGAAAUGGCUUCGUACGAUUGGCGUUUGUCAUACCAUAAUUUGGAGGUCCGGGAUGCCUUCUUCACACGGCUGCGCGACCGGAUCGAACAGAACAAGAGAAUUACCGGAAGAAAAACAGUUCUGAUAUCUCACUCCAUGGGAGGUUCGGUAGUAAACUUCUUCCUUAAAUGGGUCGAGGCGGCGGACGAUGCAGAGGGCUUCAGAUGCGGCAAUCGUGACGAUCGAUGGGUAGAACAGCAUAUUGAAGCUCAUGCGGGUAUCGCAAGCACGCUGCUCGGUGUAACAAAAAGUAUGACGGCGUUCUUGAGUGGAGACCUCAAGGAUACAAUCGAGUUACAUCCAGCGGCCAGCUGGGUGCUCGAGAAGUUCUUCUCUCGCAAGGAAAGGGCGAAUCUUUUCCACAAAUGGCCGGGAUCGGCGAGCAUGUGGAUGAAGGGAGGCGACCGGAUAUGGGGUACUCACGACUCGGCUCCAGAUGAUCCCGCCAACUGUACUGGCGACACGCACGGAAGAUUUUUCUCGUUCAGACAAACCUCAGAUUCAGGUCCGAGCCGUUCUCAUGAGCCAAAAGACAGCGAGAUGGACGCGGAACACAUCCAACCAAACUUGACCAUGAAUGACGCCGGAAUCUAUACUUUGCUCCAUACGCCUCCGGAUUUCCAAAGGAUGUACCACUCCAACUACUCGAAUGGUUUCGAGAACGAUGUCAAAAUCCUCCAGGAGAACGCCAAGGACCAUCGAAAAUGGUCCAACCCUCUUGAGGUUCAGCUCCCCAACGCGCCGUCCAUGAAGCAGUAUUGCUUUUAUGGUUACGGCAAGCCUACGGAACGAAGCUACUUCUAUAUGCAAGGCCAAUUCGAGCACGACGAAAUUGCGACCCAGGGAGAUGACGCGCAGUGCACGCCCGACGAGCUGCAACGUAUGGUUAAUGGCUCUGCUAUCACCUGUCGGAAGCCUCUGGAUAUGCCCAUGGCUCGUAAGAAUUGGAUCGACACCGAAGUCAACGCGGAAGGAUCUGUUCCAGAAGUCAGAAGAGGUGUAAAGUUCGGUAUGGGAGAUGGUACCGUGCCAUUGAUGUCCUUGGGCGCAAUGUGUGUCAAGGGUUGGAAGGACGAUCGAUGGAACCCUGCCCGCAUGCCCAUCAUCACUCACGAAUUUAAACACGAGCCAGAGGGGCUCGAUCCAAGGGGAGGCCCUAAAUCCGCGGAUCAUAUCGAUAUUCUGGGCAAUCACGAGUUGAUUACCGCGGUCUUGAGGAUCGCGGCGGGGCUGGGAGAUACCGUUGAGGAUAAAAUCGUUAGCCCCAUCAAUGCGAUUGCUAAUCGCAUAGAUUGGGAUUCGUAGACUAUAAUUGUGGACAUGAUCAACAAAAUAUAGACAGGAUCGCACGAGUAGGGUACAAGAGCAAUGUAAGAUGCAUUA